GUUGUCUAAAUAAUAAAAACAACAAUCCGAAUCCCUUAAGCCCCUUUCACAAUUAUUUGACACUUAUAGGCUUUUCCAAACAGAUUAAUUAGAUAAGGGUGAUAUGGAAGCUGAUUAUAACCCACAGGCUUUAUUAGUAGGAAUUUAGAACGGCAUUCAGUAGGCAAACGCUAAGUCGAAGCACCAAUCAUGUCCUUUAGAAUCGACGAUAUACUUAAGGACAAAAAGUGUUCAAAUGAAACAAAAAACGUUUUAGAAGAGAACGCACAAAAACCUUUUCCUGCGAUACCGGAACGGGACAGGAACAGAGCUAACUAUUCAAAACUCUCUGAAAGUUACUUGGAUUAUUCAACUCAUGGAUUAUCUUGCAUAGGAGCACAAUCUCUAGAUCUAAGCAGAGACAGUUUUCGGGGUAGUUUUGCGCCAUUCCAGCAAGUUAGCGGCUGUUGUUCGAGAGUGGUACCGCCGCAUCCAGGUGAUAAAAUUUAUCCGACUUCAUACGGAUACCCCGAGAACAUUUAUUCGCAAUCAACCUACAACCACGUGCUGCCCCUUAACUUUAACAUUUACAAUCACUACUCGAAGCGACGGAAUCAAGUGCGAUUUUCCACUAGUCAAACGAAAGCACUGGAGCACAAAUUUUCCUGGCAAAAAUACCUCAGUCCAGAAGACCGAAAAUUGCUGGCUUAUUCGUUAAAGCUCUCUGAUAGACAGGUGAAAACGUGGUUUCAAAACCGUCGAGCUAAAUGGCGACGAAACGUUAGCGGUUCAUCAAACAGUGAUGUAAAACCGCAAAUAUCCAGUCCGGUAACUUGAAAAACUAGAGGCUAAAAAUGUGAAUAACUGCUAAACAAUGAGUGUGUACUUUGAAAAGGAAAUGUAUUUUAACUAAAUUAAGCCGUAGGUAUUUAAAAAUAAAAUUAUUGAGUGCCCGUUUGUUUUUGUCUCUAUUUUACACAAUGAAUCUGUACCUUCAAUAACUUAAGAGUUAUCACGGUAUUAUACUACAAAACAAAAUCUUAUCUAGAAAAUAAUUUAUACACGCAAAGCCUAGAUUAUAGUACAAAUUGAAUUGUUUUGAAAUGUUACCCAUAUAGUGUCAAAUAUCGAUGUUGUUCUGUGAAAUAUAAAAAAAAAUGUUCAGUUUAUAGAUGAUUCACAAUUACAUAAAACAAAUUAAAAUUCAGUUCCAUUUGAAGAGUGCAUUCAAAAAGAACAUUAGUGCAAUGAGGCAUAGGAAGUCAGCAAUCAGGUUGCAUAUUGUCAGAUUGAUAUUCCAGUGGAAAUUUUAUAACGCAUGAAAGUUCAAUUUAAAAUUAAUAUGCUUUCGCUGUGUAAGUACUAGAUUCAAUACUCGUCCCGUCAUGCCACAAUUUAUGUAAGUUGCAUAUCCAAAGGCAUUGUCUAUUCCAAAUUGAUCAAAUCCUUCGAUACUAUGUAUCAAAA